AUGUCAAACCGGAAAGACCACGGCCUCAAGCAGCAUGGGCUAUCGGAUGAAGCCGUGGAGGCUGGACACGAUUUCAUCCAUGAUGCUGAGGUUGAAGAGGAAAGGAGACACAGCGGCGAUGCGAGCACAAUGCCGUCCAUGAAAGCUGCCACCGAGCAAGUGAAGAAGGCGGUUGGUCUCGAGUCGGCACAGCCUGGCAAUCUCACCGACGCCCUGAAGGACAAGAUCGGCAAGAAAGCUUGA